GUGUAAAUUUAGUUUCAAUUAUAUGAAGCAUUGAUCAUUUUUGGUUCAUACAGAAACUAGGAAAGCGUAGAUAUGCGGACAACAGCCCUGUUAUCGAAAUAUUGAAUAUUCUGACAGCAUUAUAUCGAAUUAAAAUAUUUUCAAUCGUUUCCAGUGUUGCACAACGGCAUUUCUGAACUGCGCGCAUCAUUUUGUUGUAGUCACUUCAACUUUUUGAAACGCAAGAAAAAUAAACUAAAACUAAUAUUAAUAUAAAAUACAGUCAACAAAAUGCCAAAAGUGAGUAAUAAUACAAUGCGUGAGCUGGAGGACAUUUUGAAUGAGAGCGAAACCUACGCGGAUCGGUUGACGGCUUUUCUUAAGCUGAAGACAGCACCAAAGCCUACAAGCAACGCACCUUUGCUAAUAUGCGAUAUGGACAUGUCUUUUGAUUUUGAUGUUGAUUUGAUAAAACUGCCACCAAAGCUGCAACCAGCAGCUGCAAAAGAUGCGAUAGCAGCUGUUCCUAAGGAGCAGCCACUACGUGAGGUAACUAACCAGGCCACAGCUCCACAUGAUCCAGAAACCAAAACAGAAAGUCCAACUGUUUCCAACACACAAGAGAAUAAAGAGCAUACAGCACCCACAUCGCCUGCAUCACCAGCUCAUGUCUCUGGAUCUGGUCUUAGCUUGACCUCGCCUCGAAGAUCCAUAUCGCGACGCAGCGGGAUUAAUGUGCCAGGCUCAGAUCGGUUACGUCGAGCCGCUUUACACAGACGUUCACGCAGCUGUGGACGUCGUGAUUUGCUAAAAGAGUUCAUUAAUGUGUCGAGGCUCAGUUCAAAUUUUGAGCCCCCCGUGAGCAGCACGCCAGCCGCAGAAAAUAAGGAUUCAGUCGAGCCCCAACAGUCAAAACCAAAAACUCCACAUACUGAGUUCCACCAAGAACAACAAGAGGAUCGACUAUCACAAGUAUGCAACUCUCAGCACGCUGGGCUGCUGACUUCGCAGCGCUCAGUAUCACAAGAUAGCAACAAUAAGCGACGCACCUAUACGAUUGAAAUGGGCCCAGAGCCUGGGCAGCUACUGCUGUCCCCGUCCAGAAAACACAGUCAGAACAUGUCCAAAGCUAACGAAUCGUUGAGACAGACACGAAGUCGUCUUGCACAAUAUAGAGAGCAGGCUGAACUAUCAGCCACCCGGUUGAAGAUAUUAGCAACUGAUACGCCUACGCGUACUUUAUCGCACACACAACCAAAUCCGGAAUAUAUUGUACCCGAAACACAAGCGCAGCCAAUGCUACAAAAUUUGUCCAACAACGCUUUGAUGGCACCUUUUGUGGUUGUACCAAUUAACUCGAUGCUCUCGGUUAAUACUCAGCAAGCCACUACAACACCAGCUGCUGCACCAGUGGAUGCAGCAGUUCAAGUAAAGCCGGCACCUACUGCAACGAUGGCCAGUCGGAGCAUACAAACCUCCUGCUGCCCGAUUGCCGCGCAGAAUUUGAAUGAAAUUAUGACGGACGACGACAGCGAAGAAGAAAGGCAGUCAAGUCAGGCAGCUUUAAAUCUGGCAGCCACUGCUCGCAAUAGCAACCGACAGCAUAAUUUACGCAGUCGUGCGCAACAAUUUGACAACUCCAUGCAGCUGCUCGACUUACAUCGGUCACGUUCAAGGGAUUCGCGCAAACGCGAUAAAUAUAAACCACGCCAAACAGUUCUUAAUAAGCCCUCUCAACCGGCUAUUAAUGGCGAACAGUUUGCAUACGAGCUGGCACGCAUGAGCAAUUACGAGAUCUUAGAUUUACGUAAACGGAACUCUUUGAGCAGACAUCGCCCACUGAAUGGUCAUAGACAGCAGUCCACAGAGCAGCAACAGCUACUGCUGGAUCAACACAUCGAAUGGGAAAUAUUGCGGCGCAAUCUGGAAGAACCAAGCAAGCCGGACGCAGUCUCGUCAAUGUCAACAACUGUAACUAUGUCCGAGUAUGAUAUGCGUGCAACUUCGCCAGCGGCACCACCGAUGGAUUUUAGGGAUAACACCUUGUUGGAGCGUCAACAGAAUAGCUUCAUGUCGCAGGCGAAAUGCUCGCACAUCAGUCGCCGUGAAACCCUUAAGAAAACGUUUGAGUCGCCUUCUAUGGUGCCAGCAACACCUCCAGCUGACUUCAGGGACAAUUUAAUGCUGCCGCAGCAGAAAACGCGACGGUUGCGCUCCAGACAUCGUGAACCGCCAAUGAGUGAGGAUGAACUCCUGGCGGUCUGCACGCCACCCGCCCAAUUCCGUAGAUCCAAGUCCAGGCAGCGGGAAAAGCGGCACCAGCCACAGGUAGCGCCCGUACCACCUCCGUACCAUUUUAAUGACAUGCCAGAAACGGAUCUAGAGGAGGAAAAUCAACAGCAAUACAGGCAACAGCUCUUGCCCGAAACGGAUCUAGAGGAGGAAAAUCAACAGCAAUACAGGCAACAGCUCUUGCCCGAAACGGAUCUAGAGGAGGAAAAUCAAAAGCAAUACAGGCAACAGCUCUUGCCCGAAACGGAUCUAGAGGAGGAAAAUCAACAGCAAUACAGGCAACAGCUCUUGCCACCGGCCCAUUUCAACAAUGAAGCACAGGAGAUCAGUUCGUUUGAGGAAGAUGUACGUAUUGAAGAGAUUAUGCCUGAUGAGCAGCCAAGCACCAGCACAUUUGCUCAAGAGUCCAUGAGACUAAGAACAAGAAGGCAGCUGAAAAGACAAGAGAAGCAGCAGCAGAUAGAGAAUAAAACUCCGCAAACGAAUCUCCAGGAUAAGCAAGAAACUAAAUUACAAGGGAAUCAACAAAGGGAAAAAGAAAAUCAGAAGAAAGAAUUGCCGGAAAGAGUGCUGCAGGAGAAACUUCAAAUGGAAAAAGGAAAUCAGAAGAAGCAAGAAAAGGUGAUGGCUAUACAGGAAAAUGAGAAUGAAAAAGAACUGCUGGAGAACCAACGAAGGGAAGAGCAGGAAGAGAGACAAAAGCAACUGGAUGACAAAUACAAGCAAGACAAGGCGCAGGCAAAGAAGAUGGAACAACAGCAAAAGGAGAAUCUUUUGCUAGAGCAACAGCAGCGAAUGGAGAACGAGGGGCUAGAAAAAGAAAAUCUUAGACAGGAAAAUGAGCAAUCGAAGCAGCUAAAACAUAAAAGUAAAGAAGAAAAGCAUAAGGAGAAACAACAGCUGGAGCAGGAGAAGAUAUGUCAGCAAGAGGAACCUAUGCUAUUACCAGAACAAGCGCCGCCAGAAGUCUUCAAGAAACCGAAAGCUCCAGCUCCACGAAGCAAAGCUAGUAAAAACCGUCAAUUGAAGAGAGAGCUAAGUAUGCUGCGCAUAACGGUAGGCAACGAUACACUGCCACCAGGUGAGCAUGAAUCCGAUGCCAACAUAACUGGAGUUCGUCGGUCCAAGCGUGGUCAAGUGCCGCUGUGUAACACCUGGGUGCACAGCGUAAGCGACCCCUUCCAGUUUAUGCGCAAAUUGAUAGACCCACCUAAGAAGCCAUCGGCCAAAAACUCCAAAAAAAGAGCAGCUUCAACUGCUGUUGGAGGCAGUUCCAUGAUAAACAAAACACCACUGUCUAGCAGCACGCCUACUUAUACGCCGGCUCCCCGGUCCAACAGUACAACAAGCAAACGCUCGAAGCAGCUUCAGCCGCAUCAAGAGAAACAUCAGAACGCAGUAUUAAACGACUUCGAUGCCAUUUCAGACAUCAGCAUACUUAGCUACAGAACAGACGAAGAGCAGCCCGAUGAGGAGGCGGUGAUGAAUGUUGUUGAGCCAACAGCUAUGCCCAUAAAACGGGGACACAGUAAAAAGACGCCGGCCGACUGCAGUGAGGCAUCUAAAGAAACAAAUAAAAACGAUAAGGAUAAGAAGAAUAAGAAGCCAGCUACAAUUGCAGUUGAACAAAUACCGCAGGAGAAGGAGGUUAUGCCUCCACCUGACUUGGAGUGCAUGCCUGAAUUUCCAAGCACUUCCUCAUUUCCUAAUCAGUCGCACGAACCUUCAUCGGAAACGCUAAUGUCCUGGCUAUGCGGUGCACGCGAGUUGCCAUUAGAUAAUACCGAUGUUAGCGAAAUAAAUACUGAUUCCAUAACUAUCUCUCGAGCAGCUAAUUUGCACUUCUCGAAAAUUGAUGGCGUUGAAUAUGCCUUCUAUCACACUGAGGAUCGGUAUUCUAUGGGCUAUAUGCGCUUUCAGCCGCUGCAGCAGCGGGGAAUGAAACGCGCGAAGACCAACACAUUGCGUUUUGUGGCUCUUCAUGGAAAUUUUGAGUUUGAGAUACUCAGCCCGGAGUCGAAAGAAAGCUACCAUGAUAUAUUGUACACGGGAGACACUAUAGAAAUUAAGAAGGGCAGCCGCUAUAACAUUAAAAACCGCUCGGAUAAAGUUAGCGUAAUAAUGGUCUAUCGUAGAUGAUUGUGUGCAAACAUCUCUUUUUAUAUGUAUAGAUA